GAAGACGCAAUCGUUUCCUGAGUUAAUCACUUCACUGAGUACGUAACAGCCAUGUCGACGGUUCAGAAUGACACAAAUUUUAUCAAAACUAAGGACGACAAGAAAAUAUUCUGCAAGCACUGGUUUUCAGAGGAAAAACCUAAGGCACUGAUUUUCCUUUGUCAUGGUCUGGGGGAACACUGCCUGUGGUAUGAUGAUCUUGCUGAAGCUCUUGUCAACAUUGGAUUCUAUGUAUUUGCUCAUGACCAUGUUGGUCAUGGACAGAGUGAAGGAACUCACAACCAUGUGAAUGAUUUUAGUGAAUAUACGUCAGUCAUCUUUCAACACUGUGAUGAGGUCAAGGUCAAACACCCAGACUUACAGCUGUUCAUUUUUGGACAUUCCAUGGGAGGGGCUAUCACACUCCUGGCAGCUACCAGUCAGCCCAGUCUAUUCCAGGGAGUCAUCACCUCAGGACCAGCCAUAAUGGCCACUCCUGGAUUAUUUGUCUCGAUCAAAGUAUUUCUAGGGAAGAUUUUGUCUAGAGUAAUUCCUAUGUUUAAAAUUGCUAACCUACAAUCAGAACAGAUUUCACGAGACAAAGAGCAGGUAAAGAGGUAUGAAGAUGACCCUAUGGUACAUCCAUACAUUAGGGUGAAAUGGGGUGCUGCUUGGAUAGAAUGUACCAAAAAACUAGAAGAAAGGAUGGGUUCCAUUGAGUUUCCAUUUUUGGCCCUCCAUGGAGAUGCUGAUGCUUUAUGUGAUGUUCAGGGGUCAAGGAUGUUGUAUGAAAAGGCAAAGAGUAAAGAUAAAGACCUAAAGGUUUAUCCUGGAUUUUACCACUCCUUGCUACUGGAGCCAGAAGAAGAUAGGAAGAGAGUACAGACAGACAUACUGGACUGGUUAAAACAAAGGAUAUGACGAAGUGAUAGUAACAGGAAGGUUUGAAAAUGCACAGAUUCUAAUGUUUUCAUUUGAAUAACAGGCUCAAUUUUAUCAGGAAUCAACUGAGAAAGAUUCUGGAAUGGCAGAAAUGAAUUUUUCACACAGUUUUCUUUUCAGUGAGAACUAAUUCACUCCAUUACAUUUACCUUUAGAACAUAUAUGUAUUAAUUCACU